AUGGGUGACGCGGAUGGAAUGACUUCGAGAGGUAGCAGCUCCAUCAAUGACUUGCACCCGAUUGAAUUGACGGCUCAUAGUUUGUUGAGUGGGUCCCUCGACAAUUUGAAUGAAAACUUUGAGCUGUUGAACCAAUCGCAGGUCAUCUUGUUGACUCGACUACGCAUAAUGGAAGAGAAACUCACUAGCUUCAGGAAACUAGUUGAAGCACAUGUGAUUGACGAAAAAGAAUUCACUAUUCAGCAUCAAAAGAUUAAGGAAUUGACAAAGAGAAUCUCGGCAAUUGUAAAACAAUUGGACAGGAUUGAAACCAGAGUCGACGCAUUACAGCCGUAG